CCCUCUCUAACCCACCCAAGAUGGCCGCUACGGCAAGCGACAGGGAAAGGGCAUGCCCGCCUUGUCAUUCUAUCGCGCCGAUCUCGUGAGCAACGGCCAGAACGGAACGAUGGGGACGGGAGUCACGUUCGCGGGAUGGAGCAGUGGAGCUGCUUCUCCGGCUGUUGGCUAUUUCGGCGUGAUGGCGAAUAGACUCGGCCUUUUCUCGCUGCUGUUUUUAUCCUUCGCCUCGUUCGCAGCCUGCGUUGAAGAUGUACCGCCUGCAAUUUUUGCUCCUGAAGUGGUUUCCCUGGAAAACUACAGCGUGAAAAAUAUCACACUCACCUUCAGACCUCCACCCAAUGAGACUUUAAUAGUUGGCUUGACAUCCAUCUGGCUACUUGCCCACCCCUUGAAUCUCAUUGACAGUUCUUAUAUUUUAUGUCUCCAUUGCUGACAGGUCAUAAUCGCAGCGGGCCAAAAGGAGGCACAUUUCCUUGUGAAAGCGAAAGAGGUCGGGCAGGUGACGGUAUAUCUACAGGUGAACGCAUCCCACGACACAGGGCCCAGAAUACGGUUCCUUGUGAUCCACAGCAAGGCCGUAAGCAUUGUGGACCAAGUGAUCGGUUGGAUCUAUUUCCUAGCCUGGUCGGUUUCCUUCUACCCUCAGGUGUACGAGAAUUGGAGACGCAAAAGCGUUGUGGGACUCAGUUUCGAUUUCAUCGCUCUGAACCUGACCGGCUUCAUUGCCUACAGCGUCUUCAACAUCGGACUCUUUUGGAUUGUCCUCAUAAAGGAGCAGUUCCUGCACCAGUAUCCCAAUGGCGUGAAUCCCGUGGCCAGCAACGAUGUGUUUUUCAGCCUCCACGCGGUGGCCCUCACUUUGUUCACCAUCUUCCAGUGCUUAAUCUAUGAGAGAGGGGCACAGAAGGUUUCUCGAGUCGCCAUUGCGUUCCUAGUGGCGGCGUGGCUGUUUGUCUUCACCACUUUGGCCGUGGCGGUCGCCCACCUGAUCACCUGGUUGCAGUUCUUGUUUUAUUUCUCCUACAUCAAGCUGGCGAUCACCCUUAUCAAAUACUUCCCUCAGGCCUACCUAAACUUCCGCCGGAAGAGCACCAUGGGCUGGAGUAUUGGCAACGUCCUGCUGGACUUCACCGGAGGUGCCUUCAGUCUCAUGCAGAUGUUUCUACAAUCCUACAACAACGAUGAAUGGAAGCUGAUUUUUGGAGACCCCACCAAAUUUGGCCUCGGCCUCUUUUCCAUCGUCUUCGACAUUGUCUUUAUGAUCCAACAUUACUGCUUGUAUCGCCACCACAAUUACAAUGAGUUCGCGUAGAUCAGUAGUCUAUCCGAGUGUAAUCCGUUGCACUGACAGGCCUUACUCCAAUGAAACCAGGCCUGGCAAAAUUGCUACAACUCGAGUUUCCACGCCACUUCAAUUGGACCAAACCUACUUUGCCCUCUCGUGCCUUCGCGUCUCGCAAUCCACCAGUGCAGCCUUGCCAAAGUCAUCCUCCCCUGAUUUUCUCGGACGCGAAGUCCUCAAAAGCUUCCGAAGAAGUCGUCAUCUGGAAGAGAAGAGAUGCUCGUGUUUUGCCCUCCAGUUUCUUACAGGAACCCUACCUUGAAGGCAACUUGGUCAGGAAGAACCUGCUUUAGGAGGUUGGUUGGUUACAAGCCAAGGAAAAAACAGCUGUCAUCGGAAGCUUUAAAUCGGUUAGACUUGGAGGACAGCUCGUGUGACUUCGGGACCCUGGAUGUCCCACUUUCUCUGGCACGAGGGGAGAAAUGAAUGGAGGAUGUUGGACUACCUCGAAAAGUUUUACGUUGAAGUCAAGGAACAAUGUACUGAAAAAUCUCUUGUAAGAACUUGUGUGUGAAACGGCUGAAUACAGGGAUCAUUAUUAUUAAAGCUUUUGUAACAGAA